UUAAGAUCCUUAUUUAUUAUUUCUAUGUUCUAAUUUCUUCUAAUUAACGAGUUGGUAUUCAAAGUUUCCUAGUAUGAGUCAAGGGCGUCAAGGUUUAUAAAAAGUUACGUCAGUUGCCUCUAGUUUGGUUCGGUUAUUUUAGCUAUCGUCAACCAUGAGUGAGCGAAACGAUUAGUUCAAAAUAUUUUGAUUAGCAAUACUUCUAUCUAAACAAAGUAUUUAUAUAGACGAAAUCAUGACACGAGGAGUUGAAUUUAUUAAAUCAGUUUUAACUACUGUUCUUAGUUCACCAAAUUUCGGACAAGUUUUAAAAAAUCUCGAAAUAGUUUCAGCAGGAAGUGGAAAUUGUAAAGCACAACUUCGUGUUGCUCAAGAACACCUGAACAUGGGUGGUACUAUGCAUGGUGGUUUUACAACUACCCUCAUAGAUUGUGUUUCUACCUAUGCUACAAUGACGAAUCCGAAUGGUGUGCCAGGAGUUUCAGUGGACUUAAUGAUUUCAUUUAUGAAGCCUGCCUUACCUGGCGAAUUGGUGACAAUCGAUGCCAGAACUGUGAGAAUUGGGAAAACAUUAGUUUUCCUUUCAGUGGAUGUCACGAAGAACGAUGGAAAAGACAUGAUCGCUCAUGGGAGACACACAAAAUUUAUUGCGAAAUGAAACACUGUAUACUGUUACCAAUAAGUGUACAGAGUGCCAUAGUUAUAAUAAUGGAUUAUAGUACUUCUAUUAUGUAUAUAAGUAUUUAAUGAAUACAAUUUCUUAAUUAAAAACUUGUAUCAUGCUCUUUUGUACAUAAUAUGAACUGAACACAUUUUGACUAAAACAUUUCUUUGCUAUUAAAAAUAUAUAUUAUAAAUGAUUAUAAUACAUUCUAUAAUGUUUAAUGGCACAGGAUUACGAAAAAUGCAAUUGCUGAUGAUGUAGCAUUGACUGAUGUUAAAAUUGUCGUAAUUAAGUAAUGCGCGUAUUAGUCAACUUUUUUGGCCUGAUUAAAGGCGAUAUUAACA